UAAAAAUAGUCAAGAAACUAAUAGAGCAGCACAUCUAGGCUUUAAACUCUCUGAUUUUCAGGUGCCUCCCUGAGUGGAACGGGAGAGCAUAUGGUGGGAUUAUUUUUAGACCAGAGAUGUCAUUCCCUGCUCAUGGACCGCUCCUUAAGGCCAGUGCGAAAGGCUGUUUGUCAAAUGGAAAGAUGGACAUCACAGUGGUGUGGCGGAAAGAGCAGGGGGUUGGGCCUGCGAUCAGGUCCCUCCCAGCCACAGGCCACAUCCUUGGGGGGCCGUCACCCACUCUAGCAUGCUGGUUAGAACUUUCUUAAAGAGGGGAGGCCUUCCACUCUGGCCCUCCACUCUCCACGCCACAUGCCUCAGGAGUUAAAUCUCAAACAAUCCUUCCCCAGGAGAAAGGGAGACCAUGAGCCCAGGUACAGCAAGGCCCCAAAACAGGCUGCAUUGUCUGUGAAUGACAGUUUUGUAUUCAAAGCAUCUGUCUCCAGGAUUGCUAAGCCCCCUAAAGGGGAGAUAACAAGUGGGUGUGAUUAUUUUGAUGCUAAUGAGCUGAGGUUUUUAUUUAAAUUUAUUUGAAUGUUAUUAACUGAUUUAAGCACACCAGUCCGAGACAGUUUUAUCAGAGAUUCUUCAUCCUAGCAGAGUGAGUCUCAAGGUUAGGGAAUGCAUCAUAAGGAUCACGGGGAGGGCUUGUGAAGACAGGUUGCUGGCCCUCCACCAUGGAGUUUCUGAUUGGGUAGAUCUAAGAUGGGCCCUGAGAAUCCUCCUAUGAAACAAAGUCCCAGAUGAUACUGAGGCUACUGGCCUAGGGACCACACUUGAAGAACCACUGUCCAGGUCCUGCUACACACAGUGUGGCUCCCAGAUGGUCAACAUGGUUUUAUCCACUGGGAGUUGUUAGCAGUGCAUAAUCUUGAGCCCCACCCAGACUCACAGAACCAGAAUCUACUGUUUAACAAGAUCCCCAAGGGCUUCCUAGACACAGUAAAGGUUGGGACACAUCCCUUCAUGGCAUUGCUUCCCAUACUUGCCAGCCAGAGGAAUCUCUUGGAGUGGUGAAGAUUCAGAGUCUGGGGGCUGCUUCUCUGCUGACUUGGAUUUAGAAGAUGUGGGAGGGUCCCAGGGAUCUGAGACUAGCGAGCCCCCUCAGGUGAUGGUGACGAUCAGGGAAGUCUGGCUACCCAUUUACCUUGGGUCUCUGUCCCUCAGAACAGACCCAAACCCCAGAGCCAGAUGAGAAACCUCUCUCACCAGGAUCGUGACGCGGCAGCUGCUUCUCCCCCACAAACAGGAACUUGGGGAAGGUGGCUCCUUGAUGGUCUGUGAUGCCGUCAGAGGAAACGGGUGGUUGUGAGAACCACAGAGCCUGCAGAUGUGAGCCGGGAGCCCCAAGGACCCUGCAGCAGAGCUCAGAGACGCGGUCCUGGUUCCCUGCCUGGCUGUACUUGACAGGGCCACCUACCCAGAGGUCUCUGAGGAGCACAGGGCUCCUAUCCCAUCCCCGGGCUACAGACUGCUACCACAGGCAGAUGCUGAGCUCCCCAAAGCUCCCUGAAGACUCUCACAGGCCAAGAGAUUUCUGGGUGGCCUAGAAGCAAGGACGUUGGUAGACUUCCAGAAGACUUUCCACCCCACCGAGAGCUCCAACCUCUUCAGCUAAAGCAUGCAUCUUAGCUGGGCCCCCGCCCCAAGACUCUGAUGACAGGAAACCAAUUUCUCUUGGCGAUGUGCUCCUGAGUGUUCUUCUGAGGAACGAUGGGAAGUCAGCCCAGCAGGGGGAAAGCCCUUCCAAGCCCAAGCUUCAGCCCCUGUGUGCAACACCAAGAUCCUGAGCCCAUGCAAGCAGAGAGGAGCCAGGCCAAGGCUGUGGCCCUGGGCAGUUUCCCAGUGGGCGAGCAGGCAGAGCUGUCGCUGAGACUGGGUGAGCCGUUGACCAUCAUCUCGGAGGAUGGAGACUGGUGGACGGUGCUGUCAGACAUCUCAGGCAGAGAGUACAGUGUACCCAGCAUCCACGUGGCCAGAAUCUCCCAUGGGUGGCUGUAUGAGGGCCUGAGCCGGGAGAAAGCUGAGGAACUGUUGCUGCUGCCUGGUAACCGCGGAGGGGCCUUCCUCAUCCGGGAGAGCCAGACCAGGAGAGGCUGUUACUCCCUGUCGGUCCGCCUCAGCCGCCCGGCCUCCUGGGACCGGAUCAGACACUACAGGAUCCAGCGCCUUGACAAUGGUUGGCUGUACAUCUCACCACGCCUCACCUUCCCCUCUCUCCUGGCUCUGGUGGACCAUUACUCUGAACUGGCAGAUGACAUCUGCUGCCUCCUCAAGGAACCCUGUGCCCUGCGGAGGGCUGGCUCACUCCCUGGCAAGGCCAUACCCCCACCUGUGACUGUGCAGGCGACACCACUCAACUGGAAAGAGCUGGACAGCUCCCUCCUGUUCUCUGAGGCAUCUGCCGCAGGGGAGGAAUCCCUCCUCAGUGAGGGGCUCCGGGAGGCCCUGAACUCCUACAUCAGCCUGACUGACGACACCUCCUUGGAUGAGGCCAAGGCCGAAAGCAGACGGCGAAAGGGGAACCAGGGCUGCAGCGCCUAGAGCCCCAUCUCAGCUCAGCCUGAGCGAGCACCCCAGAGGCAAGGCUGCACGGAGGGGAAGGGAGGUUUGGGACACAGAGGCACAUCCAGGGUCCCACCAGUAUCCUCUGGUCCUUCCCCUCUUAGCCCUAAGAAGUCACUUAACCUCCUCCCAGUGUGAUGACGUGGCCUACAACCUCUAGUUCAAGUCUAGAGCAGUUGAGAACGGGGCCAGGACUCCAAAAUGAGACCAGAUGUCCUCUGGGGUCUGACCCAGUCAGUUUCUGAGUUUGGGAUCUCCAGUGUCAUCUCCUUCUGCCUGUCGAGAGUCAUUCUCCAUCCCACAACUCCUCCCACAAGUUAGAAAACCUCCAUCAGCAUCAGGGCGGAAAAAGUAACCAUUUAAAGAAAACUGACCAGUCUCACUCAGAAUGCUACCACACCUCUGAAGGUAGGACUGCGGCCUGGAAGGAACAGGAAAGCAGAGGGGAUGGGUGGCUUAAACAGCAGCAGAACCUGGGCUGGCCGGCUCCCACCUGACUGCCACGCCAAGAGCAAGACCUCUGACAGUCCAGGUCCUCCACAUCCCCGUUAAGCCCCUUCUCUGGACAGUCCUAGCUCUCAGGUUUCUUUCAUUGUGUAACUCAUCCUUUGAACCUGGCUACGCUUUUCUAGCUGUAGCAGCCUUGCCACCUUGUGGCCAAAUGCAAAACGACACCAUCUGAGCCCAGCACACUGCAACAAGGUUACAGUCACAUUCCCUGGGUGGGGGCAUCAGAGGGUGGUAAGCCCUCUCUCCACAAAGUCAAGGCCACCGCCUGUACCAACUCCAGUCCUCCAUUUCCCUGCUGCCCAUGAAAGGAAAGGGGCCUGGCUGAAGCUGCUAAGUGAGCAGAGAGAAGAGGGAAGAAGGAAGGGGAGGGGAGGCCACCGCCUCUAUUGCCCUACUGGGUUCUGAAGCUAGAGUGGAGGUGGGAAAGGCUUUACCAGUAUCAUCAACAGGGUCUCAAUUAAAGAUCUGAUUUAUUCAAGUAUCUGAAAACAUUCUACAAUGAAAACCAUUAUCAGAUGCUGCUUGUACUGUGCUAUGGACCAUGCACAUACUGCCGUACUGUUUUCAGAAGACUUAAAAUGCCCAUGAUUGGUAGUUUAAAAACUGUACACCUGACGGAGAAGGAAGACAAUUUAAUGUUUCAUCCAGAUCCAGAGGUGCAGCAAAUUAAAGGACAGCUCCAAACUGGCAAGCAGGUAUCUCAUGAUGGUCUCCAAGAAGAAACAGUUGGCGAUGGACAGUUCAAAAGUGCUUCUCCAAAAGGUGGAUGGUUCUUUAAAAAGUUUCAGGUCGCAACCCUUGCAGAAGACACUGACGCCCAACACACUGAUUCUCGGUCCAGGAAACAUGGGUCUUCCGGGUUCCACGUGGCUGGGGAGCCCCUACCAAUCAUGCUUCUGUGCUGUGACUAAGGGGUCUCUGGACCGGACAGGGAGCAGGCGGGGGCCGUGCACCGUCAGUCAUAGUGGAUGGCAGUGUAGAAGAUGAUCCAGAUGACCUAGAGAGGAAAGAAGCAAUGUUUACAGGUCCCUUCACCGACAGAGUCAACACAGGCUCCUACUCCACCAAACAAAAGCGUACUAACAAAGUGAGCACAGUGGACUUCCUGGGGGCAAGCCAAUGCACAAGCUGCUUGGGGGCUUACAUAAUUUCACUGAAAACAAGAUGUCUCCAGUAGAACCUAGGACCACCUUGCUGUGCUCCCAGAGGACCCUGGACAAGUCUCUCCUCCUGCCAAACAGUGCGAGGGCUUAGAGUUACAGAUGUGGAAAUGAUGGAGGUAAAGCAAAUUGUACUGCUAGUAAGUGUAACUCAUGUCAUACCCUGUCAGCUUCAUAUCAGAGCAGAGGUUCUCAAACCUGACUGUCCUUGGCAAUCUUCUAGAAUCUUUAAAAACAUAGAGAUGCCCAGGUGCCACCUCCCAGAGAUUCUGACUUCAUCAGUCUGGGCUAGGGUUUAUGACUUUUAAUAUAUAACUUUGAGAUCUAAUUCAUUGUUCAUGAAGUUUACCCCUUUAAAGUAUAUACAAUUCAGAGGUUUUUCAUAUAUUCGGAGUUAUGAAAACAUUUUAGAGCAUUUUCAUUACCCUGCAAACAAAACCUAUUCCCGUUAAUAGUUACUUCCCGUUUCCCUUCCCACCCCUGUCCUAACAACCACUAAUCUACUUUUUAUCCAUAUGGGUUUGCCUCUUCUGAACAUUUCACAUAAACAGAAUCACAACA